CAUCAUUCGUCGCACGUGUUCUUCCUUAUCAACUUCCGGGAUCCUGUCAGCCAGAGGCACAAGCUGCGACUAAACCUCGGAAAAAUCGGUGAGGGACUAGGAAGGAGUCUGGAGACACAAGGCAGCGCAGCAGUCAUUAAUAUUGUCGUGGUUUAAUUGAGGCCCCCAUGCGUGGCGCAAUUUUGAAUGUGGGCCUUUCCCCAACAAACUGUCACGUCACACUUGGCCUCGGUUCGCGAUGAGCUUCGCUCCGCCCAUUUACUACCCAAAGGCAGAUUACAUUGAAACUGAUACAGGAAACAAGGUCUCGAGAAGGGCGACUAUCGCUGGGCCGCAAAACAUUAUCUUGGGUGGGAAGACGAUCAUUUCUAGUCAGGCAAUCAUCCGUGGGGAUCUCAGGAGAACAGGUCCGGGGCAUGCAGUAGUAAUUUCAAUUGGCCGCUACUGUCUCAUCAGCGAGGGAUGCAUAUUGAGGCCCCCUUACAAAACCUAUCGCGGAAAUUUCAACUACUAUCCCAUGAAGAUUGGGGACUACGUCCAUAUUGGGGCCAACAGCGUAGUUGAGGCAGCCAUCAUUGGAAACUAUGUAAAGAUAGGGAAAAACUGUAUGAUAGGAAAAUUUGCUACCAUCAAAGAUUGCGCGGAAAUCGCUGACAAUACUGUUCUUCCACCCAACACUGUGGUGCCCGCACUAGCACUUUUUUCAGGAUCACCUGGGAACUUCGAAGAUAAUCUUCCAGAAUCCACGCAGGAGCUCUUUGAGUCUCAAGCGAAGAGCUACUAUACUCGAUUUCAACCCCUUGAACCAUAAUUGGGGACGUGACUUAGAUGAUAUCACGACGGUUCCUUUGUAACUGGAAAAGUGGAAGUUGAAGGACGGCAACGUUGUUAAGAAGAGUUAUAUAUUGGAUGGGGAAAAUAUGGAAGGACCUAUAGCGGAUACAGCACUCUCGGGCGUGAAGCCAUCAUGGACCAGCUGUUUGGUUCAGAUGCCGAUUGCUCAUGCAUUCAGUUAACAUGUUCCAUGUGCUUUUUGCAGCGUCCAAUACGGUGGGAGCUGAUAUGAGUGUGCUAACAUGCUGUCCAUUAGACAUGAAUCGUUGUGUACACACGAGAGCAAAUUAGUGUGAGUGUCAUCCAUUAGGAACGGUGUAAUAGUUCGGUGGAUUACAGAACAACAGACCG